AUUAUUUACUCAAAAGUGUGUGUGUGUGAGAGAGAGAGAUAAAGAGGGUAGAGAGAGAGAGAGAGAGUGUUGAGCACAGUGAGAGAUGCCGCAAAAAUGAACACCAAUGUCAACACAAUGAACCACAGCUUCGCCGCCGGUGCACAAGAUCUCGAACCCCAACAAUCACCUCCGCCACCCACCACCACCUCCCACCCCUACCAUCCCCAACCUCAGCCUCAACGCCGCCCCCGAGGCUUUGCCGCCACAAACUCUAACAAUAACACCACCAUCUCCUCCUCCACUCCCACCAAAAGCAGGAAAGAGAGGGAAAAGGAAAAAGAGCGAACCAAGCUUCGAGAGCGUCACCGUAGAGCCAUCACCAGCCGAAUGCUCGCCGGUCUCCGUCAGUAUGGCAACUUCCCCCUCCCUGCUCGCGCCGAUAUGAAUGACGUCAUCGCUGCCCUCGCUCGGGAAGCGGGUUGGACUGUCGAAGCCGAUGGCACCACCUACAGACAUUCUUCACCGGCUCCCGCGGCGCAGGCGCCUAUGGCUCAGUUUAAUUCCGCUCAACAAAAUAAUAUUAAUGCCCCUAACAUGGGAGCACAUCCUGUUCGCUCAGUUGAAAGCCCACUAUAUUCUAGCUCGGUAAAAAACUGCUCCAUGAGAUCAUCAGUUGACUGUCAGCCUUCAGCUCUGAGAGUUGAUGAGAAUUUAUCACCAGCAUCACUUGAUUCUGUUGCUGCUGAGAGGGAUGCGAAGCUUGAUAAGUAUUCAAGUGCUACUGCCAUCAACUCCCCUGAAUGCUUGGAGGCAAGACAGCUUGUGCAAGAUGUUCACUGCAGGGAGCAUGGAAAUGAUCUAUCUGGAACCUCUUAUAUCCCUGUUUAUGUGAGGCUUGCUACUGGCCUGAUCAACAAUUUUUGCCAGUUGAUGGAUCCCGAAGGUAUUAAAGAGGAAUUACAGCAUCUGAAGGCUUUACAUGUUGAUGGCAUUGUGGUGGAUUGUUGGUGGGGCAUUGUUGAAGCAUGGGCACCGAAGAAGUAUGAAUGGGCAGGAUACAGGGAAAUGUUUAACAUUAUCCGAGAGUUUAGGAUGAAAUUGCAGGUGAUAAUGGCAUUUCAUGAAUAUGGAGGACAUGAUUCUGGUGGCAUAUUCAUAUCCCUCCCUCAAUGGGUUCUGGAGAUUGGGAAAAGCAAUCAGGACAUAUUCUUCACAGAUCGUGAAGGAAGAAGAAAUACUGAGUGCCUUUCAUGGGGAAUUGACAAAGAACGAGUACUAAGAGGAAGAACUGGCAUAGAGGUCUACUUUGAUUUCAUGAGAAGCUUCCGAACUGAGUUCAAUGAUUUGUUCACUGAAGGCCUCAUUUCUGCUGUUGAAAUUGGGCUAGGAGCUUCUGGAGAGCUGAAGUACCCUGCCUUUCCGGAAAGGAUGGGUUGGAGAUAUCCUGGUAUUGGUGAGUUUCAGUGUUAUGAUAAAUAUUUGUUGCAAAAUCUCGAAAAAGCUGCAAAACUCCGUGGACACUCCUUCUGGGGAAGAGGGCCUGACAAUGCCGGUUAUUAUAAUUCUAAGCCACAUGAAACUGGAUUCUUCUGUGAAAGAGGUGAUUUCGACAGCUACUAUGGACGCUUCUUCCUGUGGUGGUAUACAAAGGUCUUAAUAGAUCAUGCUGAUAAUGUUCUCUCCCUUGCAAGCCUUGCAUUUGAAGAUAUACAGAUAGUCGUCAAUAUUCCAGCGGUUUAUUGGUGGUACAAGACAUCAAGCCAUGCUGCGGAACUCACUGCAGGCUAUUAUAACUCUUCUAACCGGGAUGGCUAUUCUCCGUUGUUUGAAGUGCUGAAAAAGCAUGCAGCAAGAAUAAAAUUUGUCAUCUCAGGAAUGCAGGCUUCAUAUCAGGAAAUUGAUGAUGCAUUGUCAGACCCUGAAGCCCUGAGUUGGCAGGUUCUUAAUGCAGCUUGGGACCAAGGGCUUAGUGUUGCCGGUCAGAAUGGACAGCCAUGUUAUGACCGAGAAGGAUUCACGAGGCUGGUCGAGACUGCAAGACCAAGAAAUAAUCCUGAUUGCCGUCACUUUUCAUUCUUUGUAUUUCAACAACCCUCGCCUUUGAUCCAAAGAACUAUAUGCUUCUCAGAAAUUGAGUACUUUAUUAAAAGCAUGCAUGGAGAUGUCAGCAACUGAGUAUCUUAAUUUUUCUUCGAAUAUUUAACCUUUGGGUACGAGAGAUGAAACUUAGGGGCGGAAGGAGAGUUGUGGUGGUGUAAAACCAGCUGCCGGCAUCCACAUACACAAGUGGAUGGGCUGGAAAGAGAUGGAAUUGAUUAAAAUUCACUCCUUUUUGUCAUCCUCUUUUAACAGUUACUGUCGUCUGUGUUAUAUUACUGUAAAGUCAGAGUUGUAAUUGAAAUGGUGUACAAUGGUGAUUCCAUCUUUAACCUUUUAACAUUACAAAGACGCAUAUGUAAAUCCUUGCAUAGAUUCCAUAUGAACAGCUUUGUGGAGAACCACCAUCCAUGAGCAAAUCUAUAGGAAACUGAUUUCUUGUCAA